UCGCGUAAACCAACUAACAUCAUUUCAUUAAAACAUCUAAAGAACUAUUUCCAUUUUUUUCUUUUAUCGUGAAUAUUUUCCACCCCAACAAUGAAGUUUUUAGACGAUCCAAAAGUUAAGCGAAAGUCUUAAAAACUGUUAAAGGGGAUGAAACGUGUAAGCUUGAAUCGGUACUACGAGCGGAUAUCACCCCAGUUCAAUUAAAGAGUCAUCAAAAUGCCGAUCAUCCAGUCAUGCUGCUGCUGGCGCAGUCUUCGCCGCGGGUGUUAUGCCUCAGCGAUAUACACCUUGAUAUACUUCGCUGUGACCAUAAUAACGAUGGGUCACUUCAUCGACGUAGAGCAUCGCUACUUAUCCGGCCAGAUGACGGAGCCAGAGUCAGAGAGCUUCUUAGAACCAGAUAAAAUAACCCCUAUAACUGUGUCGCUGAAUAUAACCCUACUGGCUUGCAGUACUUUGGGCCUACUCUCAUGUAUUGUGCUCAUGAUAGGAGUCUAUAAGGACAUCAAGUUCAUGCUCCUACCUUGGAUAUUGUUCAUGGCCCUUGAAACACUGGUCGAGCUGAUAAACGUCUGUUACUUAUUUUACUUGCAAACUUUCAACUUCAAUCCCAUCACAUCAUUCCUCUUCACAUUGGAUUUCUUCAUAAUUGCUCUAAACAUCUACGCGCUAGUCUGUGUGAUCUCGCAGUUCCAAGAGUACAUUGAUGGACGAGGCACCGCUGCGUUUGAUUAUUCUGAUAGACAACUGGCAGCAGUGCAGUAUACAGCUACAGCACCACAGACCACGACCACCAGCUCGGCUCCAAGCGGCCGCCGUCGCUCCGCUCCCCGCCCGCUGCCCAGCCGCUGUGACCCUGAGGAGUUUUCUGAAGCACCUACCAGGACUAUACCAUCAGUCCUGUCAAAGCCGAACCGAUCCGCUGUAAAGAAACACGUCCAAUUUCCUGAUGAGCAGAGCUGCAUUGAAGAGGCCCCGGAGUCAAUGAAUGGAUCUGAGGAGAAGUCGUCGUCCCGGGUGAUCAGCUCGCUCUGGAUGGAGCUGGAGACGGAGGUGCCGCCCCCGGAGCGCUGACGGCGCCGCAGCGAGCAGUACUACCGGCCCAUCACGCGCGCGCGCAACGAGCGCCGCAAGAUGUCCGCCGCCGGGGUACCGCCCGCCGACCAGCCUGACAUACAGGACUCGUCUCUCUAAAUCUUUGGAAGAUACUUCGAUCACUGGCAUACGUAAAGGACUCGUCUCUCGAAAUCUGCUUUUGAUGAUACUUCGAUGACUGACAGGGCUCGUCUCUGGUAUAUUUAUAUUUGGAUACUUUGAUGACAGGCAACUUUUCUAGAUGUGUAAGAUGCGUCUUGACUCUUGACGAUAAUAUCUAUCUACUUGUAUACUUAACAUUUCUUUAUAAAAUCUAACAUAUAUUACUUAUCAGCGGUUUAUAAUUUGUGUUAAUAACUAGAUAUUAUAAUCUACUUGAAAUUUUUUUUUAUCUGUACGUAUUUGACCGAAGAUUUUCAAUUUUCCUGAUAUGCUUUUAUUAUGCACUUUGUAAAUAACUACCUAAAUGAAAUCUUUUCUUUAAAAUUACCUGAUUAAUCAGGAACGACCACUGAUUAGGUACUUCCUUGAUAUACAAGAUGCGUCUUUGUAAAUAUUAUCUUCUAUGUACUUGCGUAUACCUAUUUACUUAUAGGUACUUGCAGUUUCUUCUUCGCCUAUGAAUGACUGAUAACAGAUUU